UUGAUUCAGAAUGAAAAGUUAUCAAUGGAGGGGAAUGCGAAGAAUGUGAGGCUUCUUACGAACAGCCAACUGGAUAAACAAAGGAGCCGCCUUCCUCUCCGCGUACGAUGGCUGUGCUGGGCUUUAAAAACAGGCACCUUUUUAGUGCUGAGAAGCGACGGCACCGUUAACAGGCGUCUGGCGGCGUGGCUUCUUUGGUGCCUCAUGCCCUCUGUGCCCGCCAAUGAGAAGCCCAAACGUGGAGUAUAUACAAAAGACACCGUCGUAGACCACGUUAACGGUGUCUGGGUCCGUUUGUUCGUUCCAGUACAAGAAAACGGCAAUGAAAGAGAGGUGCUGCCGGUGGUGGUGUAUUUUCAUGGCGGCGGGUUCUGUAUGUUGUCCGCCGCCCAACAGUUGUAUGAUGAGUUUUGCCGGCGGCUGGCCAAACGCCGCCGGGUGGUGGUGAUGUCGGUGGAGUACAGGCUGGCACCCGAGCACAAGUGUCCCGCUGCUUACAACGACGGCUUUGCGACGCUGACGUGGCUUAAGAGCAACGAUGGUCGAAGUUUCUUGCCUCGCAACGCUGACGUGUCGCGUUGUUUUCUGAUGGGAGAUAGCGCGGGAGGAAACAUUGUCCACCACGUCGGAUGCCGCGUGGCAGAUAACAUGGACGAUUGGCGCCCUUUGAGAAUUGUGGGCCACGUGCUCAUUCAGCCCUUUUUUGGCUGUGAAGAAAGAACUAUUUCAGAGAUGAAUCUAACGAAUGUGCCGAUAAGUAAAUUAGAGUAUAGUGACUGGUUUUGGCGGGCAUUUUUGCCAGCGGGAGCGAGCAGGGACCAUCCUGCUGCUAAUGUGAUGGGUCUGAGUUCUCCGGAUAUUUUAGCGGUGCAGGUGCCGCCAAGUUUGGUGGUGAUUGGCGGGAUGGAUAACCUUCGCGAUCAACAGCUGCAAUACAUGGAGCACUUGAUGAAGAUGACGAAAGAGGUGGAGCUUCUCUUCUACGAAACUGCCUUUCAUGGCUUUUUUACGAUGCCCUAUCCUUUGUCUUCUCAGUUCUUGGAUGACAUCUCCAAUUUUAUGGAUAGAUUAUAGGGCUUUGUUGGAGAAUGAAACAUUUGCUAAUUGAAUGGGAGAACAUUGUACUAUGAUAUUGAAUAAGUCUCUUUACCGAUUUAGGUCUGGCAAUAGUCAAAAGAAAAUGAGUAUUACAAGCAUGUAAAGGAAGCUCUCUUGACUAUUACUCAAGUAAAGGAAGCUCUCUUGACUAUUACUCAAGAAUUGAGGUAUGGUGGGUUCUACUUUGAGCCAUAUGGUCUUUUAAGGUAUAAGGGUUGAAUGUAUGUUCCAAAUUCGGCGAAACUGAGAAAGUUUGUGUGGAAUGAAAUGCAUUUCACACCGUACUUAGGGAACUUGGUAGUAACAAAACUUUUCACUAUGUAUUUUCAGUUCAUGUAAAGGUAUACAUUCUAAUCAUGCUUACCUAUGCAAUUCAAAAUAUGAAAGUACUCUCAAAAUGAAAAAGGUGAAAGAUAUGACUUGAAGUGAACGAUACCUAGAGCCUCCUACUCAAGGAAAAAUUGGCUAUUUAUAAAGAAGUGGGAUCUUAGCAUUUAGGGGACGAUACAAUUCAUCAUGGUAGAGGAUCUAAUGUUCGACUAUCACUUUGGAUAUCAACAAUGAUAAUCAAGAGUUUGUUUUCA